AGGGUUUUAAAUCGUCUUAUAUUUAUUUGAACAUCCCUAAAAUUGUGUCAUUGAUAGGGACUGUAAGAUAUCUAAAACGGCACGAAAAUCUUAAGUCCCUCGCAACUUCCCCCCAAUUUGGCUGUUAAUAAGGUAUUCAGCCAGCUUGAGACAGGCAGAAUCGACGUCCCAUCUACCAUAAAAAUAAAAUAUCCGCCUGGGUCCUGAUUUCGCCAUGGGCCCGCCCUCUCAGCUUCAGGCCGCAGAUCAUCAGGAAGAGGAUGAUGGCUGCUUCGUGGCCCUGACGGAAGCCGACCUGGACAUCCCAGCCAUCAUGGACCGGGUGCGCAGUCCCGAAGCGGGUGCUAUUGUGCUCUUUGCUGGAACGACGCGCGAUAACUUCGGCGGCAAGCCUAUCAAGGAGCUUCAGUACAGCGCCUACAACCCGCUCGCGCUGCGGACCAUGCUGGCGAUAGCGCGGGAGGUGCGCGCUAAGCACGGCCUCAAGGGGAUCGCCAUGGUGCACCGGCUGGGGGUGGUGCCGAUCGGAGAGGAAAGCAUUCUGAUUGCGGUGUCGGCAGCGCACCGGCAGGCGGCGUGGCGCGCGGGCGAGGAGGCGCUCGAGGAGUGCAAAGCCCGUGUCGAGGUGUGGAAGCGCGAGGAGUUUGGCGGCGACGAGGGCGGCGUGUGGCGAGCGAACCGUGAUGGUGCCGUAGGGCAAAAGGUAGUGGAGCGUGAGAACGAGGAUGGUGCAAAGGUUGACCAAUGAUUACUGAAGUGUUCUUCCAUUCGAACAUUCGGAGAGCAACGUGAUGUAGCCCAUUCCAGCCUGAUUGCAUGUAUUGUACGGAGUACAUUGCGAGCACUCUUUGUCACACCGAUGUCUACGGUCAGGGGAAAAGAGUUCGUUUUGAAGAAAACAUGCAAGUUGCGUGGGGCAAAACGCUGUGAGAUCAACGCCGCUG